ACGCAGUGCAGAGGUUACUCAGAGGUGCCAGUGAACACAAGGCAGCAGAGGAACAAAGGGGUUUCUGGCUUGGAUUGUUCACAGAUGAUCACAUUCUUGUGUUGAUAAGCCACAAUGGUGAAGACUAAAAAGAGGCCAGUGGGUCAACACGACCACUGCGACAAGUGCUACAGCGUCCACUGUCAAGCCCCGGUGCAGACCUCCGUAUCGUGCACGGUUGUCAAGUGUCGUAAAAGUUGCGGUGCCACGCUCCACAUGUGCAAACAAGAGGAGCACCGGCUUCUCUGCCCCAAUGAGACGGUCCCUUGCCUUAACGCCGGCAACGGCUGUCCUCUCACGAUGCCGCGCAACAGGUUGGCCAAACACUUAGAGGUCUGUCCGGCCAGCGUGGUUUGCUGCUCUCAGGAGUGGAACCGAUGGCCUGUUGCAGAAACCGAUCUGACCUUUUACAGGAAUGUUUCUGAAAAUCCCCAGGCAAACACUGAGCUCGACCUCGAUGUCGCGUUGGCGCUCAGGGACCAAGAGCUGCUGUUUCAAUCCAUCAAAAUGAAGAACAUCUUUCCUGAGUGGACGGCAGAGGAGGAGGAGGAGGAGGAUCGUGGCCUUCAGAGCGUCUCUGCCGGGGUCGACAGCCCUGCAGAGGAGGCGUCUUGUUCUGUAGAUUGCGGCGGACUUACAGAAAAUGACCGUGCGAAGACUGAAGAAAAAGAAGCGAGUCAAGAGGAGAGAGACGCCUUGGCGAAGAGCAGGGAUGUGACGAGUAUUGAAAAUUACAACUCCUGGGAGAAAAUAUUCAACAAAGAGAAGGAGGGAUGCAAGGAAACUGUCAAAAACCUGAGUAAGGGGGGGAAAGAAAAAGAGCAAGAAUCAUCAAACAGUCGGGGAGAGACAAGAGACUCGCGCCAGGGUGAAAAAAGUGCUGCUGCUGCCAGAAGCACGGAUGGUGCAACUGGCCUUGCUCCAUGGCAAGACGGGGUCCUUGAAAGGUUGGGCAAAGAAGUCAACAUUUCAGAGUAUAACAUGUAUCUGGUGCACAACGGGGCCAUGUUGAUUAACUUUGGCCAACUUCCUGCUUGCACGCCGAGAGAAAGGGAUUUUGUUUAUGGGAACCUGGAGCCCAUCGAGGUGAAGACGAUCCGCACGUUUAAUGUUCCGACCAGCUACCGAGCAAAGCGCAGUCACCUUAAAGACCCCGCGCAGAGGGCCAAGACCGUACACCAGAGUGUUGACACUACAGAUUUGGGAGUGUCAAUUGAGGAUCUUCCGAAGUGCGAGGAGAUUAGCGCGACGCUUCUGUGCUCGCUGGAAAGGGAACUGAAGGGACAUUUAAUCUCGGAGAGCACGUCGACAGAUGGUCUUUAUGUGGAUGUCGGGACACAAACGUACAGCUUUUCAUGCGCUCCGUUCAAAACAAAUGCAUCCCUUGCAGAGGUCACCGCAGGUAAACCUCGUGGUCUUUACGUGCACGUCGAGUCGGAAUCUGUCACCCGCAGGCAUAAUAAAACCAGCUCAGCCUUCAACUACAUGUGUGGCCACUUCUUUCGCCGCGACGAAUACCGCCAUCACUUCAGGAAUGUGCACUCUGACAUACAGGCCUCUCUAAACGGCUGGUUCCAGCAGCGCUGCCCCUUAGCGUACCUCGGCUGUACUUUCACCCAGAUGAGGUUUCACCCAGCAGGUCAUCAAGCUACAAUAAAAUUCUGCCCAGAUGUCAGCACCUUUGUGCUGCAGCCGCAAGUCCCUUCAUCUCUCUGUGAAGGUGGGAAAAGCUUAAGUCCUCAGAGAAAUGGUACAUAUAACAUGGAUCCCCUCAGCAGGCUGCCCCUGGAGAUCCUGCAGCACAUUGCCGGCUACCUGGACAGUUUUACACUGUCUCAGCUGGCCCAGGUCUCCCAUCUGAUGAGAGAGGUGUGUGCCACGUUGUUGCCGGAGAGAGGGAUGGUGUCCCUCAAGUGGGAGAAGAAGACAUAUUCCACUGGAGCAAGUUCCUGGAGAUGCAGGAAGAAAGUUUGGAAAUUCAGCCCCCUGUUCUCCUGCGUGGACAGAUGGAGCUUCAGCGAUGCUCCUUCCAUGUCAGAUCACCUGAAAAGCUGCUCCUUCUACCGGAGACACGAGCAAAGGGAGCCGGUGGCUUUGGCCUGCCUGGGAGAGGUCAGAGACAAGCAGGGCGAACCAAAGCACAAAAGAUAACGCUGGUGUCCCAGAGCGCGGUGGGUGGACCACGGCGCGAGGAACGCCGUGUUUAGAAUCGCUGAGACGUGAAAUGUAUGCAAGCGCAACACUGAAAGAAGUGGAUAAAGCCUACGCAUGUAAAGCUGCUGUAUAAAAGACAGACUGAUAUUCAGAGCUGCUGUGUGUGUGGAAGCCCUGCAGAUAGAUACUAUACAUGGGAAAACAUUUACUUUGGCAUAAACUGCAAUUUGAUUUAUUCAUUCUGUGUUUUCUUGCCUUCAAAUCACUUUUCCUCGGCAAAAUCCUUCAAGACACAUCUACUUGUGCUGAAAAUGAAACUUAAAUAAUCUCACUGAAUUUUUACUGAUGUGUUGUUUGAGGAAUGUCUGCGCUAUCAGAUGAACUGACACACUGAGCUGACUGGUGGCUGUUUGUUCAAUCUCAUUGUAAAAAGCAUGAUGGGAAAGAAACGUUUCAGCAUGACAAGACUGACAUCUACUGGAGAGAAGCUGAAGCACCAACGACAACACAUCACACAGCAUAACUGUAAUUUAAUAUUUGAAUGCCGAACAUGAAAUCACAUGUCCUCUGUGUCGCAUUUGAUUAAACUCAGCGGCGGCUGCGUUGAGAUGAGGACACUUACGACUUGUUAGAGUAAGAUUAAAAGACUGAUCUGUGCCUCGCUGAUGUUGUGCUGUACAUUUAGAAUAAAUGUGACUUGCAGUUGGA